AGAGAAACGAMGGCUGUAGCAGAAUGUUUCCCUCGAAAUCAUGGAGUACUUUGCCGAACGAUUGCUCAGAACAACUCCAAAUUGCAGUUGUUUUGCUUUUGUGUUCAAUUUUUUUCCUCGGACAUACAAUUGGAACUGUUCUAUCGAUUUAUUUGCUGAUGUCACCUUUGUACCAUAUCGCUUUGAUGUACCUUAUAUGGAUUUUUAUACUUGACGUCAAAACGCCAAAGCGAAAAGGAAGGCGMCUCGAAUCUUUUCGUUAUUUCAAAGCAUGGAACUUAUUCAGGGACUAUUUCCCUAUCAAGUUGAUUAGAACUAAACGUUUGAGUCCAGAAAGGAACUACGUUGUUGGAUAUCAUCCUCAUGGAAUUAUGUGUUGUGGAGCUUGGUUAAACUUUUGUACCGAGGCGACCUGCUUUAGUGAGUUAUUUCCUGGAAUAACACCAUAUUUACUGACUCUAUCUUUGAUGUUUAAAUUUCCAUUGAUGCGAGACUUUGUCCUGUCUGGAGGCUGCUGUGACGUUUCUAAAGAGUCAAUCUAUAACAUUUUCAAGAACAGUACAGGGAAUGCUGCUGUUAUUGUUGUGGGUGGCGCUGCCGAGUCGUUGGAGGCACGCCCUGGGGCAUACAGGCUUAAACUGAAAUGUAGAAAGGGAUUUAUUAAGAUGGCUCUCCAAACUGGAGCUUCACUGGUUCCUGUUUAUUCAUUUGGUGAAAAUGAAGUAUAUAAUCAAGUUAGCAAUCCCAAGGGGUCCUUAUUGAGGAGKAUUCAAGCUAAGUUCCAAAGUCUAUUUUCGUUUGCACCACCCCUGUUUUAUGGGAGAGGAUUCCUACCAAAUACCUUUGGAUUUCUACCAAAUAAAGUACCAAUAGCUACAGUUGUUGGAGCUCCUAUAAUUGUGAAGAAAGCUAUAUCUAAUCCCUCGCCAAAAGAACUGGAUAAUCUCCACAAGAAGUACAUCCAGGGCCUUAUUAAUCUCUUUCACCAACACAAGCAUAAAUAUGGCAUUUCUAAAGAAACAAAAUUAAUUAUUGAAUAAUUAAUACUCAAAUAAUUUUAAUUAAAAUAAAUCAAUGUCAAAUAAUUAUUAUUAAUAGUACCGAUUUAAAAGUUGGUACUAUUACAUGUAAUUAUAUUUAUUUGACAUUGAUUUAUUUUAAGUUAAAAGUGUAAAUAAGAAUAAUUAAGAUUACAAUA